UAAAUCUUUGGAGAGAAUGUAGGUGGGAAAAGGACAUUCUGGUUGGCGGGUCUGAUAUGACCUAAGGCUGAUUUAUCAGAUCAUGGAGGAAACAGGAAAUAGGAAAUUGAUCAUCCUGCGGAUAUGGAGACGAUAUUCACAUCUAAAGCUCUGAAAGAAUUCACCUCCUCUUCAAUGCACACAAACAGUAAGCAAUUUGUAUGGAUCACAAUGGAUUCUAUAGUGACUAAAAUUGUUUUGAACAUGCAAAUAAGCCGCAGAACUGGGCAGUAUACAAUGAAUCAUGGAAAUGGAAAUCCUAGCCUUGAUAAAGUAUCAUUUAACCGGUCUGGAUCACAAGAUUCAUUAGAUGAACUUUCUCUGGAUGACUAUUGGACUGAAGUAGAGAAUAUCCAGAAGAGCACUGAUAAUAGUCAAGAGAAACAGGAUGUUGUUGUUAAGGAGUCAGAUGAGGGAGAAGAAGAAGAAGAAUGGCUCAAGGAAGCUGGGCUGUCCAUUCUAUUUGGCGAGGGUUCCGCUGAUUCUCAGGAGAGCAUGGUGCUCUUAUCCACUUUAACCAGGACUCAGUCUGCAGCUGUCCAAAAACGAAUCGAUACUGUCAGACAGACGUUAAGGAAAAAAAACAAGCAUCAUCAGAUUCCUGAUGUCAGGGAUGUAUUCAAGCAGCCAGCAGGCUCAAAAGAAAAAGAUGACGGUUUAAAUGAGCUUCAGUCUGCCAAAACAAGUGAAGUAGCACAAGAAGAACCUCAAGAAAAAUCAGAAGGUAGUAUACCAGCUCAAGAUUCAAAAAGACAAUUGAGCCCAACCGAAGAUGUGCCUCUUCCUGAGACUGAUAUCAAUCUGGAAAUUUCAUUUGCUGAGCAGGCUUCUAAUGUCAAUGAGUUUUCUGGAGUCAGAAAUGAGAAGGAAGAUGACACCUUGUUACCAAACUUCAGACUGCCACAAGACAAGACUGGAAUCACAAAGAUUGGUGACUUGGCCCCACAGGAUAUGAAAAAAGUCUCUUCUCUAGCUCUCAUUGAGCUAACUGCACUGUAUGAUGUCCUGGAUACAGAACUUAAACUUCAACGAGCUGCCAAAGUAAAAGUAAAAGAGACUGGAGUUUUUCGGGUACCUCUCUCUGUUUUAUUGGAACAAGAUCAGAGGAAAGUACCAGGGACAAAGGUUCCGCUCAUCCUUCAAAGUCUGAUUAGCCUCAUAGAAAAGGGUGGACUGGACACGGAAGGUGUUCUGAGAAUACCUGGAGCUUCUUCAAGGGUUAAGGCUCUGUGCCAGGAACUGGAAGCCAAGUUUUAUGAAGGAACUUUCAACUGGGAUACAGUGAAACAACACGACGCUGCCAGCCUGCUAAAGUUUUUCAUUCGCGAGCUCCCUCUGCCAUUACUCACUGUGGAAUACAUGAAAGCUUUUCAUUCUGUGCAAUACCUCCCAACAAAACAGCAUAGGCUCCAAGCUCUGAAUCUUCUGGUCAUUCUGCUGCCUGAUAUUCACCGUGACACACUGAAGGCUUUGCUUGAAUUCCUUGAGAAUGUUGUGGAUCACAGAGAGCAGAACAAAAUGACUCUGAAGAACGUUGCCAUGAUAAUGGCUCCUAAUCUCUUCACUGACCAUACCUCCUUAAUAAAAGGUGGAGAUCAAGACGCUGUAACUAGUGCGGCCCGGACAGCUUCCAUCAUGCUUUUCAUGAUCAAAUACCAGAAACUCCUCUGGACAAUUCCAAAGUUCCUUGUUGCACAAGUAAGGCAACAUAACAUUGUUAGUCAAAAGAAAAAUGUCAAGGAAAAAGCUAUGAAGAAACUUCUAAAAAGGAUGGCAUAUGACCGAGAGAAGUCUGAAAAGGCAGAAAAAAGCCUUGCAGAUAAUGAUAAACCUCAGGGAUUUAUACGGGUACAAGCUCCUCAGUUUUCCAAAGUUUCUAUGGCGGUACAACUGACAGAAGAUUUAAAAGCAGGCGACAUUCUGGCACGCUUCCUUAAUCAAGAAAGUGGUUCAUCCAUGACUCUAACAAGAGAAGAAGUUAGUUUAUAUGAAAUUGGGGGGAAUAUUGGUGAACGCUGUCUAGAAGAUACUACAUAUAUGAAAGAUCUGUCUCAACUUAACCCUCAUGCUGAAUGGGUUAUAAAAUCGAAGCACAAAGAAUGACCUGAAUAGAAAGAAAGAAAAACCCCUUCAGCUUCAGGAAAGCUUCAUAAAGACUUGAGAACAAGACUCCUCAAAAUGAAUAAUGCCUGUUUUGUAGUAAUAAGUUGCCUAUUGGAACUUCCAUGUUUAUUUAAAUAGACAUUUAUAUUAAUGGAAGUGAAUGGCUAACAACUUUACUGCCAAUAAUAUCCCAGUCCCCUUAAUAUUAUAGACACUGGGAACAUGUCUGUCUACCAUAUUGAAAAUAUGUAUUUAAACAUAUGCAUGGAAAAAUAUUUGUAAAUACCCUUCUUAAUAAAUAUUAACUAAACCAA